AUGUGGAACAGAGUUUUCCUUUCUGGGUUCUUGAUUUUGGCCUCCCUUGUCCACACAAACUCCAUUUCCAGCCACUCUCAUCACCACCACGCCCGCUCCACAGCAGUACUCGACACAGACGGCAAUGAGCUCCAAGCAGGGAUGCCAUACUACAUCGUCUCUGCCAUCAGGAAAGGCGGCGGUGGCGGUGUCUUCCUGGACAGGAGAGAGAGAUCCACCUCUCACAGCAGCCACACGACCCAAACCCCAACAAUAAAACAGAGCUCCUACGACAUGAACAUGGGUACCCCCGUGGUAUUCUCUCCAGCAUCGUCGCAACACCCAGCAGCCGCAGGAGCAAGGUUCCUGGGAGAGAUUGAGGAGGGGGAAAUGAAGAUUCAAGAAUCGAUGGACUUGAACGUUGGGUUCUCAGGGAUGAACAAUAGGGUGUGGCAGGUGGAAGCGAGGAAGGAGGAGGAAUCAUCAGAGUCGAGGGAUUCGAUGAGGUAUGUGACACUGGGAGGGAAGCCAGGGUACCCAGGAUCAUCAACCGUGAGGAACUGGUUCCAGAUCGAGAGGAUUAGCCAGGAUAGCCCAACGUAUAGGAUCGUCUACUGCCCCAAUGUAUGCGAGUCUUGCCAAGUGACCUGCGGGAGUGUUGGGAUCAACAAGGAGAACAGCAACCGAUGGCUGUCGGUGUCGGAGCACAGUGAGUUCCCCUUCGUCUUCAUCAGAGCAGCCGAGGCACAGCGACUCCAGUAG